AUGGCACCACACAAGUACCCUCUGGUGAAACUACCACACCCGUUCUUGACCACAUAUCGAGUAGUCACCGAUGCUGUAACGACACCCGCCAAACACACAUUGAUAUUGGAUAACCAGCAAUCCACGUCAGGAAAAGCUUUACCGCAACCACUACAUUGCAACUCACUCUCAUGGCUUGACUUAACGUCCAGGCCCGAGGAUGAGUGUCCACCUCCAUCUGAUAACACCAGCUGGGCACGAGCAUGUCGGAGCCCGCAAACUACGUUUCAAUGGACAGGGAAUGAUUCACCUUCCUUGGGCCAGAUCUGGAAUCUGACAUACGCAAUCUACCUUGCUCAUCCCACACUGGAGUAUUUUCGACUCACUCUUCAUGGUUCCGAAAAAGACAUCAUUCGAAGCGAACUAUUAUCUACCGGAUUAGGAAUCGAGCACCCCAAACCAUGGCGCUUUUCGAGCGCGGCAGUCACAGCAUUGCCCGCCGAAGAAAUAUUAAUACUUCGCAGUGCAUUCUGGCAAGGCGCCGCCUCACCACUGGGCCCUCGACCCAUCUGGGUAGUUGGAGAUGGGACCGACGGACCCCUCCGAGGAUCUCUCGCCCAAUACCCCGUGAUGCCCGAAAACUACCAACUCACCAUGAAAUUUCCCGAAGAAGCCGUGUAUGCUCGCCAUCCCACACGACGACCCAAACCACACCCCGGCUCCAUCUGCUACAGUCGGUACAUUCCCGAGCUGGACGAGCACUUUUCGCUCGAAGUGGUUGAUUGGCAAGAUGAUGCACAUUUGAAAACUUUCAACGCGUGGCAAAAUGAUCCUCGUGUGGCCAAGGGCUGGAACGAAACGGGAACUUUGGAUCAGCAUCGUGAGUAUCUACGCAAACUGCAUGUUGAUCCUCACGUGCUUUGCUUAUUUGGACGCUUCAACGAGACUCGAUUUGCGUAUUUUGAGCUGUAUUGGGCAAAAGAAGAUCAUUACGGCGCUCACUACAACGCCGGAGACUAUGACCGCGGUCGUCACUCACUCGUUGGCGAUGCCUCAUUCCGAGGCCCACAACGGGUCAACGCAUGGUAUUCGAGUUGUAUCCAUUAUGUGUUCCUAGACGAUGCACGAACAGCCAAUGCGGUAGGCGAACCCAAAGCUACCGGUGGCACCAUUUUAUCAUAUGAGAAUGCCCAAGGACUUACCAUUGGAAAGUAUGUUGAUCUGGGCCACAAACGCUCCGUCCAUUCAAUCUGUAGUCGAGAGAAAUGGUUUCAGCUGUGUCCUCUAUUUUGGGAUGGCAGGAAACAACCAUUGGAAUCUGCGGAUCGCGCGGCGUGGAAUGCAAAGUUGUGA